ACCCGGUAGGUGUGGGGUCGGGUAGGAUUUUCCCUCGUGGAGUAGCAGCUGGACGCAUGCGCCCCCCCUCCUUCCACUUUUCUCCAUCCAUAGCGCAGGAGCAAAUAGGAUGAACUUGUCGUGUUACCUGCUUAAAGGCGCCGCUGGUUGAGUGAAAAACUCAAGCAGAUCACGGGAUAGGUAAAGGUAACAGUUUUUAUCUUGUGGAAAGUUAAAAAAGAGAGGAAAUACUCGACAGAGGAGGAAGCAGGAGUGGAGGAUUAAUGAGAAGAAGAGUCUUUGAAUGUAAAGCGGGCAAUCAGAGAGCGGAUUAGAUCCCUAUAGCGAGGAAUCAGAGCGUGCGUUGUUAAAGAUGCGGAAACAACAACAAAGGAACAAACAAUCUGGAUUUUGAUCCAUCGGGAUAUUUACAUGAAGUGGCAGCAGCAUGCCUUGGCUCAGGAGAAGGGUGAAAAUGUUCCAACUUGGAGUGACACCCAAACACCCUGAAGUUUUCAGUCUGUUGGGACUAUCUCUGUGCUAUGCAUCGGCUGAUUUUUACACGAUUCCGCGGAACUAAUGGAUUUGGUUUGGAUCUGAGUCAUCAUGUCAAAAGUCAUUCAGAAGAAGAACCACUGGAUCACCAAAGUGAACGAGUGCGCAAUUGUCCGGGACGCGUGCGGGGAGCUGAAUGUGGAGCUGCGCGGCGGAGCUGAGAAUGGAGAGUUUCCUUUCGUCGGACAAGUUAGAGAGGAUGCUGUGAUUUACCAGGACGGUAAACUCAUCGAAGGGGAACUGCUCCUGGAAGUUGAGGGGCUACCUGUGUCUGGAUUACCCCUCUAUGACAUUUUAACUGUGAUUAAAUGCUGCCAAGGUCCCAUCAGGUUGAAAACUGUGCGUCAAGGUCACAGGCUCAACAAAGACCUGAAGUGCUACCUGAGCUUGAGGUUUCAAAAGUCUUCCCCCGACCACGAGCUGCAGAAGACCAUCCGAGCCAAUCUGUAUCGCCAUGCCGUGCCUUGUACCACCCGCCCUCCUCGAGACGGAGAGGUCCCAGGGGUGGAUUACAACUUUCUGUCUGUGGAGGACUUCCUUGAACUUGAAGAGAGUGGCACACUACUGGAAAUAGGAACUUAUGACGGUAACUAUUAUGGGACCCCCAAGCCGCCAAGGCAGCCCGUCAUUGGGACAGUGAUUCUCAGUGAUGCAGGCUCCCAGCAGUCCACCCCAAAGCGCACAAAGUCCUACAAUGACAUGCAAAACGCCAGAGUAGUGCCUGCUGACGACGACGAUGACGACCAGGCCACGGAAAUGAACAACAGUUUUACAGGAUCCUUAGUGCGUAGUCUCUUCCCCUCUCCUCUGUUGUGCACAGGUAACCCUAACGACCAGGAUGAGAGCCGCGGCGGCAUCCUCCGGCCGUACCCCGCACGUGACAAUGCUCCAUCCUGUGGUCUGAACAAUGCGGCCACCUCCACCGCAGAAAGUGGGCAGCAGACCCUUGCAGAACCGCAGGUCUCUCCAGAAGACCCGCUGGGCCCGCUGCCUGAAAACUGGGAGAUGGCCUACACUGAGAAUGGAGAACUUUACUUCAUAGACACAGCAAAGGCACACCACCAGGACAUGGCUGUGUAUUUUCAGAGCUUCCACAACACAAAGACUACAUCAUGGCUGGAUCCUCGGUGUAGAGACAAAGCCUCCAGGCCUCUGGAAGAGUGUGAUGACGAUGAAGAAGGGAUACAUACGGAGGACCUGGAGAGUGAUCUAGAGCUGCCUCCAGGAUGGGAGAGGAUAGACGAUCCAGUGUACGGGGUGUACUAUGUAGAUCAUAUAAACAGGAAGACCCAGUAUGAGAACCCAGUGGUGGAGGCGCGGCGUCGGAAAAUCCUGGAGCAGCAGCAGCAGCCGCAGCCUCCAGAAGGUGAGCGGUAUAUUCGAGAGUGGAUAGAGGAGCACUCCUCAGCAGCAGCUCCACUGGCAAACUAUGCUCCAAACCACCUGGAGACCUACAGGGACCCGCAGGUCCCCCCAACUCUACCUCCCGGCCCUGCAGGAGUCAAACGAGGGAAGCCUUUCUUCACAAGAAACCCAGCAGAGCUAAAAGGAACCUUCAUCAACACCAAGCUGAAGAAGAGUCGUCGCGGCUUCGGCUUCACUGUGGUCGGAGGUGACGAGCCAGAUGAGUUUCUACAGAUCAAGAGUCUGGUGCUGGACGGGCCUGCGGCAGUGGAUGGCAAGAUGGAGACAGGUGAUGUAAUAGUCAGUGUGAAUGACACCAUCGUGCUGGGCUACACCCACGCUCAGGUGGUUAAGAUCUUCCAAUCCAUCCCCAUUGGUUCCAUGGUGGACUUGGCCUUAUGCCGUGGCUACCCGCUGCCCUUUGACCCUGAUGACCCCAACACCAGUCUGGUGACCUCAGUGGCCAUCUUGGACAAGGAGCCUAUCAUUGUCAACGGACAGGAAACGUUUGACUCGCCUUCCAACCAGGCCGGACCCGUUAACGGCAUGAGGGAGCCACGGGCGCACAGCCCCUCAGCUGAGGUGGCGUCCAACGGCUCUCAUGGCUACUCCAGUGAUGUGGUCACCCUGGCCUCGUCCAUAGCCACCCAGCCCGAGCUGAUCACCAUUCACAUGGAGAAGGGAGACAAAGGAUUCGGCUUCACCAUUGCUGACAGCCUGACGGGAGGCGGGCAGAGGGUCAAGCAGAUAGUGGACUAUCCACGCUGCCGAGGGCUAAAGGAGGGGGACAUUCUGAUGGAGGUCAACAAGAGAAAUGUCCAAAACAUGAGCCACAACCAGGUGGUGGACCUGCUGAGCAAAUGUCCCAGAGGCAGCGAGGUCACCAUGCUGGUGCAAAGAGGAGUGGUGCCAGCCAAGAGGAGUCCAAAGCUGGUGCACCAGUUAGAGAGGAAAGACAGCCAGAGCAGCUCCCAGCACAGUGUGUGCAGCCAUCGCAGCACCCACACCGAUUCUCCCAGCCACCCACCCUCUGUCAUGCCCAGUGAGGCUGUGGCGCCCACUCCUGCUGCCCCCACCCAGCCUCUGCCAGGCCUGCCCCCUCAGGACCCUGCAGAUGGCACCCUCACCCUCCAGAAGAAGCCAGACCCCUUUAAGAUCUGGGCACAGUCCAGGAGCAUGUACGAGAGCCGACUGCCAGAUUGCCAGGAGCAAGACAUUUUCCUUUGGCGGAAGGACACAGGCUUCGGCUUCCGUAUCCUGGGAGGAAAUGAGCCUGGGGAGCCUAUCUACAUAGGACACAUAGUGAAGUAUGGGGCUGCAGAUGAGGAUGGGCGCCUGCGGUCGGGGGAUGAGCUCAUCUGUGUGGAUGGCACGGCGGUGGUGGGCAAGUCCCACCAGCUGGUGGUGCAGCUGAUGCAGCAGGCCGCCAAACAGGGCCAUGUCAACCUCACUGUCAGACGCAAGACACCCGGAUACGGAGUUUCAAAAGGGGAAGGCGACAUUCCCCCAUCGCCGGCCUCCUCCCACCACAGCAGCACGCAGGCACCCAGCCUGACGGAGGGCAAGCGGACCCCCCAGGGCAGCCAGAACUCUCUCAACACCGUCAGCUCCGGCAGCGGAUCCACCAGCGGCAUCGGCAGCGGCGGCGGAGGAGGCAGCGGGAGUGCGGUGGUGCCUGCCUCCCUGCAGCCAUACGACGUGGAGAUCCAACGUAGAGAGAACGAAGGCUUUGGUUUUGUCAUUGUGUCGUCUGUUUCCAGGCCUGAUGCCGGCACCACCUUUGCUGGAAACGCUUGUGUGGCCAUGCCCCACAAAAUAGGACGCAUCAUCGAGGGCAGCCCAGCGGAUCGCUGCGGGAAGCUGAAAGUCGGGGACAGAAUAUUGGCUGUUAACGGCUGCUCCAUCACCAAUAAGUCCCAUUCUGACAUCGUCAACCUGAUCAAGGAAGCCGGGAACACAGUCUCGCUCAGGAUCAUCCCGGGUGAUGAUUCUUCCAAUGCUUCCCUGCUCACCAAUGCUGAGAAGAUAGCUACUAUCACUACCACACACACGCCUCAACAGUCUACAGAGUCCCGGAAUAACUCAAAGUCUAAAGGAGCUCCACCUCCACCACCCAUACAAACCCAAACACAGGAUGCAGAGUUCUACUCUGUGGACCUCGAGCGUGACAGUAAAGGUUUUGGUUUCAGCCUGAGAGGCGGACGGGAGUACAACAUGGACCUUUAUGUGUUGAGACUAGCAGAGGAUGGGGCUGCUGUUAGAAAUGGCAAGAUGAGGGUGGGAGAUGAAAUCCUGGAGAUUAAUGGUGAGAGCACAAAGAACAUGAAGCAUUCACGUGCCAUUGAACUGAUCAAGAAUGGUGGUCGGAGGGCGCGACUCGUCCUCAAACGGGGGGAUGGAUCUGUACCUGAAUAUGACGGCAGCAGUGACGGGAACCCUCCCACACCCGGGGCACAAAACACUCCGGAAGUGAGAACGCUGCCACCCAACAGCCGAUAUCACACCUCAUUGGAGUCCAGUUAUCCACCAGACCUUCACAAACCAUCACGCCAGGAGGAGUCUGCGCGUGGCCGAGACAGGGACAGGAACUGGGACAGGGCUGUGUCAGAUCAGAUGGACUACCAAGGCCGGCAAUUUAACCCCCACCAUCAUCACACCUGGAAUAACAAUCACAGUCAAAGUACCCCCAGACAGCAGUCUCCAGACAACAGUAACAGCAGUAGCAGUGGCAACAAGAAGAGCCGAGGCCGCAAAGUCAAGAAGUCCGAGUCGGAGAGUGGUAUCUCUAAACUCCUAAAGACUCUGAGGAAAGACAGCUCAGGGAAGAAGGCUGCAGCUGCAGAGAAACUAAGGGGGCGAGAGCUCUCAAACAGCAGUUCUACUUUGGACGAGAGGUUUCGUCUGCAGCGCCGAGGCUCCCUUGACCGCUCACCAACCCGAAAGCGCACCUCCUCCCCUGAUCGUCGGCGGGCCAAGUCGAUGGACCGCAGGGCAGAGCGAGCGCAUCGGGACCGUACACCUGAGAGGGAGUAUGACGAUGGAGGGUUCCUCGCUGUCACCCCUGAACGCAAAUUUUACGAGCGGAGGCUCCUCAAGGACUCGCAGAUGGCUGGGCGAGUCAGGGAGGCCACAACCCCCGAGCGCACCAACAACAACGGAGAUUCCUUGUCUCUUUCCAGGGGCCGUACAUAUGAUAGAGCCCCGAAGAACGGCAACCUCCUGAGAGACUCUUCCUCAGAGAGGAGGGAGGAGCAAUAUCGGAUGAACGGGACACCGGACAGACGAUACAGAGUGGAGCGGGACUCUUCCCCUGACAGCAACUACAGCCGGGACGAGCUGAACUAUGCAGCAGCACCCAGACUAAAGGACUACUAUAGCAUGAUGAAGAACAACGCUGCACACAACAAUGCUGCCUACAACAACACAGGCCAUAACAAUAACGCAGUAGGCCGCAGCCCAAACCAGCUCCCUGAGCCCAAGAGAAGGCUGUACAAAGAAAGCCCCAAAGACCUCAGCAUCUAGAGCAGAGCAGAGAUCCCCCUCGCCACUCUCUCCUCUAUAUGUGCAAACUAUGUACCAUACACUGGAAUUGGACUUCUGAGGAUACUAACUCUUGUGCUUUAUUUGGUCAACUGGUUUAUUUGUUUGAUUUGAUUGACUUAACUACUUGUGAUCCCAUCCCGAGAUUCAUAAAACAGCAGGAGUACAAUCCCUCUAUCAGUUCA